AUUAAUUUCCUAAAUUCUACCAACUAUUUAAUAAUUUCAUAAUGUCAAAUGAAGGCAAAUACAUAGAUCGCAAUCCCGACAUCCAAACAGCAGGGAAAUUAUUAUUAUCUCAAGAAACAGUGGGUGAUACCUUAAAGAUAUGUUCCACCGAGGAGGCAGCCUUUAAUAUAAUGAAUUUGAAGUGUCAAAAACAGCGCCAACAAUCUCAAGCAAAUACUAGCUUAGGAUAUUCCCAAUUUUUACCCACCGAAAGUUUAAAGGAGCUUUUAAGUCCCGAAUCUAAAAAAAGUCGUUUUGUUGCCUUUAGGGAGAAAUUUUCCGAGGAUAUGUUCUUCAAAAAGCCCGAAUUAGGACAAGCUUUCCCUUUGCAAUCAAAACCUCAAGAAUUUACUAAUGAAAAUUUUACUUAUGGCUUGAAAAACGAUAAAUCUGAAAGAGCAUACGACUUAAUUUGCCCAGAUAAAACGCCAGAAGAAGUAAAAAGAGAUUUUUUAAAAUGGCACGACAAGUACUUAAUAUCGCAUAAACAUUAUUUGCCUUCAGAGAGAAUUAAUAGAAAUUACAAUCCACAUUUCAAUCCUCAUGCUGUAUUUGGAUUAUCAAAUAAUGUUGAUAAAACGGGUAUAAUGGUUAAGAAAUGUUUACAACAAUGUGAUCGUAUGGUGGCCAUUAACAAGGCUCAGAAACUGUUUCAAGAUCGUACUGCAGGUCAGCUGGGAGAAAGAAUAGACCGUUACAAUUUAAAUCUGGAUCCCCAUCUAACGUUUGGAAUACAAACAAAAAAUCGCUCCAAAUGUGAUGUUCGUACCCUAAUUGAAAAUGUCGAGCCAUGUGCGAAAAAUACCAAAAUUAUUGAAGCCAUUUCAUACAUCAAUAAGUUGCGACGUUUGCUCUUUAAUCGUACCGAUUUCCACAUGAACGAUUUGAAACUGCUUCUUAAUAAAUACGACGAAAAGGAAACCGGCUUCAUAGCAUUUCAAUCUAUUAUGAAAACAUUACGAACUCUACGAAUUCACGCCAAUGAAGAAAAAAUUCGUUUGGCCAUUACACAUUUUGAGAUGAUGAAAGACGACAAUGAAGCUUCAGAGCUGGUUGAUUUAAAGGAAUUUUGGAAAAUGUUACAUAUUCAAUAUCCCCUGCCGCGAAAGUCUGUUUUAUCCAAAGAGCUUAAACGGGAUGAAGACAAACAAACCACUUAUCGUUUAUUGUGCAGUGAUCGGCAAACAACCGUACCUUUAGAGCCUGUAUCACAUAAACAAAAUAAUGAUGAUGAUCGUACUAGAGCCAGUGAUCUUAUAACUCCAGAUAUUCCCAUGCACUAUGGUUUGGUGCCGAGUGAUUUUGAAGUUUUACGCCCAAAAGAAGAAUUGAAACGUAUAUUUAAACGUCUCUUGCCGCAAAACUUUGAACAGGUUUGGCAGUUUGCUUGGGCCAAAAAAUGUGGCGAGGCCACUUGCCAAAUGUCUGUUAAUGAGUUUAGAGCUAUAAUGCAAGAGUAUAAUCAAAAUUUAAAAUAAAUGUAAACGAUUUUAUGUUUUUAUUAUCAA